AUCAAUGACAGCCGCUUUAGAGACGCCGCAGAGGCGGAAGCGUUGUCCGGCGGGGGCGGGGCCACGGCGUCCCUUACCGGAAGUCUCCGACGGGACCGGGAAGGGAGUGGUUCCGGCGGCUGGCGCGACCAUGGGAGACGAGGAGGAGGACCCUCCUUUUGAAGAAGAUACUGAAGAAGCUGGAGGAGGGGCUGAUGGUGGACAGGGCAGAAGAAAAAGAUUGUUUUCCAAAGAAUUGAGGUGUAUGAUGUAUGGAUUUGGAGAUGACCAGAACCCUUACACAGAGUCGGUGGAUAUUCUUGAAGACCUUGUUAUAGAAUUCAUCACAGAAAUGACUCACAAGGCAAUGUCUAUUGGACGGCAAGGCCGAGUACAGGUUGAAGAUAUUGUAUUUUUAAUCCGUAAAGAUCCACGGAAGUUUGCUCGUGUGAAAGACUUGUUAACAAUGAAUGAAGAACUGAAACGGGCCAGAAAGGCAUUUGAUGAGGCAAAUUAUGGAUCUUGAGACCAACUGUGGAGUACUUUUCAUUUUUGGCUUAUACUCUUAAAGUCAAGAAACAUGUCUAAGUCUUUUGGAUUCCAGUUAUUUAGUGUUGAUUCCAAGCUGGUUAUGCUUAGGUGUAACUUGUUUCCUAUUUGCAUUGAUCUGUUUCUUACAAUGAAGAUUUUUGAGGUUUUCACAAA